CGGCGAGCAUGCUCACAACCAGCCGACUCUCCCAUUAUCCAACUGCCUAGUUUGGUGCUUCAAUGUACAUGUCCAAUCCGUGUGCCUAUGUGUGUGUUCAAACACGCAUGCAUGCCUGGAUGGACAUAUGUGUGCACAGGUUCUUUUUUAAGGACAAUUCUUUCAAUAAGGUCUUUACCCCUUACUUGAAACAGGUGUUCAUGAAAAAAAAAAUGCACAAAAUCCCGAACGAGCGGAAUAAUUCAUGAAGAAGGGGCUGGAUCCGUGGGUCAGAGAACACUGGACCAGUUUGCCCGCCCAAGGCCGAAGUCUGGUGUCUCGGAUUUGGCCCUGCAUUGCCCACUCCUGCUGGAUCUUGUCCAGUCGAGGGACAAAACGUCCUGAAGUCUUCCUGAGCCACGGGAAACCAGGAGAUUGCGAAGCACAGAUGGCAAUCCUGCACCAGCAUGCAAGAGAGCGACGUGCAGGAAGGGAUUGCUCAGGCGGCCACAGGAGGAGCUGACGGCUGGAGCAGGAGCAAGCAGGCCCGGCUGGGAUGGGGAGAAAUGCCAGCAGUGACAGAGAACCACCCCAGCAGCCUGCAAGUAGCCCAUCCCGGAGCCGCCACGUGGACGACUCACAGCACGUCUUCCUGACUUGGCGACCACAAAGCCAAGCUGAGAAGCCAGAGAGGCACUAGGCACUCCCAAGGCCGUCGGAGAACUGCUGAGUCACGGGAGCUUCUGCCCGCAGACACUGUCGGGGGAAACUCAGCCCCCUGGACUCUCGUCUGCCUCCGUGCCAUGCUCAGGGCCACAGACAAGGCUCCUCCUGCCUCAGCCCUGCAAGUUCUGCUUCGCCUUCUCCGAGAGCAAGUGUUAACGGCCAGCCACUCUGAGUUCUGGAUGAGACCACCCCCCACGGAACGGGGUAGCAGCACCCCUGGACAGGCUUGCUUCUCAGAAGUUGCCAAGUUCAUGUUCCCCUUGCUUUGUUUGUGAGCUGAGGGCCACAGAUCGGAUGCCAGCGCAUUUCCCGACCCAUUUGGUCCCUCUCCCCUCUUCCCCUGCCCUGUCCCAAGCGAGGCUCUCAGGGCCCUGCUCCUGCCUCUCCAGGGAAGAUCCUGCAAGUGGCAGUAUGCUUUGGCAGAUGGCAGAUAUAUGAAAGAAACUGUGGUCCAGGGGAACCAGCAUCUUUGAAACUUAGUGGGUGACUGACAUCCGGCUCUGUCCCUGGAAGGAAGCAGCUGAGACAAAGCCCCUUAAGUCUCAGUGUUCUACCUCUUCUACCUUUGAGGCUCUCAGGCUGCCGUUUGGGGGUCCACCCUCACUCAGGGUAGUUCUCUUUUCUUUUUUGCAGUUAAAAGUUGUUCUGGUUGUUACUUUUCAUUGGAGCAGAACAGCACCUGUUUUUCUCAAUAACAUCAAAACAUAGACAAGAAAAAGAAGGCCAAAGCCACCCUCAGCAAGACUGAAACUGUCAAAGGGCCUUCCAGGAGCCCCCAAAGGCAUGCAGCUACAUACAGCGUGUCUAUAUCCAACACAACAUAUGUGUUCUGUGUCUGAUACUUCAUACAUGAAUGUUACAUAAAUGUAUUUGUCUGUCACAAUACCACACAUAUUCUUUGAUAACCCGUGUCUUUAUUUAUGUCUUGCUGGAACAGCUUUCUAGAUCAGCUAGCUUUAAAAAAAAAAAAAAAAAAGACCAGGGGCUGGAGCGAUAGCACAGCAGGUAGGGCAUUUGCCUUGCACGCGGCCGACCCAGGUUCGAAUCCCAGCAUCCCAUAUGGUCCCCUGAGCACCUCGAAGGGUAAUUCCUGAGUGCAGAGCCAAGAGUAACCCCUGUGCAUCGCUGGGUGUGACCCAAAUAAAGCAAAAAAAAAAAAACCAAACAAAUAAAGUCUUUACUUACAGAAGGGAAACCCAGACCCCAAAAUGUAAAGUGGUUUAUAAGAAGUGGGGUCAUUUACAUCAUUUAGUAUCAAGAGAUAAAGCUGAGUGGUUACAAUUACAAUCAAUAGACUGCUCUGCACUGCCCUGAUUAUUAUUAUUUUUUUGACCAUGAGUUACAUGAAUCUGAAGUAGCUGUGAAAGUGCUCACAGAGACCCUCACUGGGUCACCUACUCUCAUGAGUCCAUACCUCAUUGAUAAACAUGCUUGUGCAAGUAUAUCCUUAAGGUAAAUACCCAGAAGACUAAAGGUCAUGUAGGUUACCAAGAGCCCUAAGUAGGCUGCCCUGUUAACUGCAUGAUCCCUGGAUGUUGCAGUUUAGAAGUACUCCCAGGUCAUUGCCCAGGUGAUCGUAUGUAUGUGUCUCCAGGCUUGGUAGCUCUGACUUCCUUCCCUUUGCCCUGAGUAGGCAUACUCCUGAGCGAGUUAAUCAGCGGUGGAUGAGGGAGGCUGUUAUGUUGUUUGGGUUUGAUAUUGCAGUCCAUCUCCAUCUCAUGAUUCCUCACUGACUGCUGAGAAAUGGCCCCUUCAUCAUCACCCACUUUUAGAGCAGCCUUUGGUGCAAGGUGUUAAACUGGAGGUUGAGAAGACAAAGAUGAAAGGAAUAGAAAAAUAGGAAAACUCUCCUCAGAAAGAUCCCAGCCUCAAGAAAUCUGGUGACUCAUAACAUGCAUCUACACUGAAGUCUCUUGGAGGAAGAAUAGAAAUGCAAGUUAUACAUUCCAGGGCUGAAAUUUGGGGGAAGAACCAUGACACAUCCAGAGGGAAGGCAUGAAAAUCACAGGAGAUCCAUUAUCCCCUUCAGCACAGCCGUGGUUCCUGAGUGUCAGUCAGCAGCAAGCCUGGCUGGAUGUGUCCACCCUCACCAGACAGCCUUUCCAGGAAGGCAUUGCCCUUCAUUUGUACCUCUCGAGACCCUGGCACGAACUCAUACAACUUAUUCUGAAAUCUGUUACAUGUGAACUCCAAAUGGAAUAAACAAAAUUAAAGGCUUCCCUCUACCACAGUCCUCCAAGCUCUUGGACGUCUCUGCUCCUCUCCGCCAUGAGACCACGGCCGACCUGUGGCAGGAUUCCAGGCACAAUCUGGGCGGCCUCAAACUAGUUCAUGAGGAGCCUCUGGAGAUUCUGGCCAGGUCAGCUUGCCCUUCCGGGAAGAAGAGCCGAGCGUGAGAGGAGGGAGCCGUGGCCGGCGUGGACAUGAAUGCUGGCUUUCAAAGAGAACGGCGUUUGAGUUUUGGUCACCGGAAGUGGUGCCUUCAGCACAGAAGAGCGUGACUCCCCUCCACGGCCACCCAUCUGCACCCCGGAACAAGAGGGGCCAAGAGGACUGGACCCCCCCUCAGCCUCCAUUGCGGCGGCCCCCGUGCCAGGACCAGGGAUGAGCGGGCUAUGCAAGAGGACUUCUCCGGCUUCCGAAAGUUCCCGUCACACCCUGGGGACGCAUGGGGGGCCCCUUGCCGCUGCCCACUGAGACUGUAGGAUGGCCACCCUGACCUCCUUUGUGAUGUUUCCACGCCAGCCACUCGGGUGGGAAGUGCUAAAGUGGUUUCUGCGUGCAGAGUCGCCAGCCAUGCCGCGGCAGCCUGAGCGCAGCGGGCCCUGAGCACCUGCUGAGCAUCCCCUGGCUGCCCCCUGACACUUGCAAAAGAGAAAAAGAAAGAAAGAAAAAACAAAAGACAGCUCCCCAGGCCCUCCUGGGCUCAGCUCCCGCAGCUCUUCCCCCAUGUGGCCGAGGCCGGGCUGGGGACCGGUGGGUCGCUCGUGAGUGCAGCCUGCCCCACCCCGGUCUGAACAGCACCCGGCGCCUGUGCGGGGGCCAUGGAUCCGGAACACGGCGUCAAGGGCACCAAGAAGGCUGAGGGGAGUCCCCGGAAGCGGCUGACCAAAGGAGAGGCCAUUCAGACCAGUGUUGCACCCAGCGUCCCGUACCCUAGCAGCGUGACAGCCGCUGCCCCCCAGGAAAGCCCCCUCCAAGAGCUCCUAGUCCCGCAGCCCUUCCCGGGGCCCUCACUGAUCCUCCGGGAAGGCCCUCAGGAGAAGACGGGCCAACCACAGAAGCCCCCCAAGAGGCCGUCCAUCGAAGCCUCCGUCCACCUCCCUCAGCUGCCGCAGCCUCUGACACCAGCAUUCAGGGCGCCCGGCCAGCCCGAGCAUCUCCUGGAAGGAUCCACGUGGCAGCUGGUCGACCCCCUGAGACCCGGCCCUUCUAGCUCCUUCAUCACCCCAGGGCUCCAUCCUCAGGGCCAGCUCCUUCCUGCCCACGCGUCCAUCCUCCCCCCUGAGGACAUGCCGGGCAUCCCCAAAGUCUACGUGCCCCGUGCCUCCCAGGUGCCCCCGAAACCCACGGAGGAGGUGCACAAGAAGGAGAGGAAGCCCCAGAAGCCAGGCAAGUACAUCUGCCAGUACUGUAGCCGGCCCUGCGCCAAGCCCAGCGUGCUGCAGAAGCACAUCCGCUCCCACACGGGCGAGAGGCCCUACCCCUGCGGCCCGUGCGGCUUCUCCUUCAAGACCAAGAGCAACCUCUACAAGCACAGGAAGUCCCACGCCCACCGCAUCAAGGCCGGCCUGGCCUCGGGCCUGGGGGGCGAGAUGUACACCCCAGGGCUGGAGAUGGAGCGGCUCCCCGGGGAGGAGUUCGAGGAGCCCACCGAGGGGGAGAGCACAGACUCGGAAGAGGAGACGGGCACCGCGGCCGCCUCCCACCCGGCCGAGCUCCCCGGCAGGCCCAAGCACCCGCUCCUGUCCAGCGGUCUCUACGGCUCCUCCGGGAGCCCCGGCUCCAGCCACGAGCGCUGCUCCCUGUCCCAGUCCAGCGCCGCCCCGUCCCUCGAGGACCCUGCCCCGUUCGCCGAACCCCCCUCGGAACACGCCCUGAGCCAUAAAGCCGAGGACACCCACAGCAUCAAGCAGAAGCUGGCCCUCCGCCUGAGCGAGCGGAAGAAGGUGAUCGACGAGCAGGCGUUCCUGAGCCCCGGCAGCAAGGGCAGCACCGAGUCGGGCUACUUCUCGCGCUCCGAGAGCGCCGAGCAGCAGGCCAGCCCCCCCAACACCAACGCCCGGUCCUACGCCGAGAUCAUUUUCGGCAAGUGCGGCCGCAUCGGGCAGCGCACGGCCGCCCAGCCCCUGCUGCCCCUGGCCGGCGACGACAAGCCCAGCCUGGUGCCGCUGUCGGUGCCCCGCACGCAGGUGAUCGAGCACAUCACCAAGCUCAUCACCAUCAACGAGGCCGUGGUGGACACCAGCGAGAUAGACAGCGUGAAGCCCCGCCGGAGCUCGCUGUCCCGCCGCAGCAGCGUCGACUCCCCCAAGUCCAGCCUCUACCGAGAGCCCCCCGCACCCCACGGCGACAAGCUGAAGCCGGACCCGGCGCUGCUGGGCCUCCAGCACCCGCCCAGCACCACCGCCACCCCCGUGCCCCUGCUGCGGAGCCACUCCAUGCCCUCCGCCGCCUGCACCCUCAGCGCCGCCCACCACCCCUUCCGCGGGAGCUACUCCUUCGACGACCACGUGGCCGACCCCGAGACCCUGAGCCGCAGCAUCCAGGGGCUGACCUCCCACCCGCGCAUGCUCAAGCGCCAGCCGGCCAUCGAGCUGCCCCUGGGGGCGGAGUACAGCUCCGAGGAGGCGGGGCCCAGCGGCCAAGACGCCCCCGCCAAGCCCCCCGAGGAGCCCCCGGAGCCCGCGGAAGGAGACCCCGCCAAGAAGACCAAGAGGGGCCCGAAAGCCAAAGGGGUCACCUACGAAUGCCACGUCUGCGGCGCCCGCUACAAGAAGAGGGACAACUACGAAGCCCACAAGAAGUACUACUGCUCCGAGCUGCAGAUGGCCAAGCCGGCCGCCCCGGCCCCGGCCCCGACCCCGGCCCCGGCCCCGGCCCCGGCAGGGGCGCCCCCGGCUCCCGACGCUGCCGAGAAGAGUCGCCCGGAGCAGGAGCCCUGGUCCCAGAUGAUGCAUUACAAGCUGGGGGCCACCCUGGAGCUCACGCCGCUGAGGAAGAGGAGGAAAGAGAAGAGCCUGGGGGACGAGGAGGAGCCUCCGGCCUUCGAGUCCACAAAAAGCCCGUUUGGCGGCCCCAGGCCCUCCGAGGCACCUCGGACCCUUACCCUGGAGCCCAGCAAGUCGGCAGCAGAGCCCAGUGCACUGGGGCCCUCGCGGGAGACCCUCCCGGCCUUCCCGUCCGGCACACCCAAACCGGGGCCAGGUUCCGAGUCGGGGAAGGAGAGGAGAACCACGUCCAAAGAGAUCUCCGUCAUCCAGCACACCAGCUCCUUCGAGAAGUCGGACUCCCUGGAGCAGCCCUGCAGCUCGGAAGGGGAAGAGCGGCCGGCGGCCCCCUUCUCCGCGGCGCCCCCCGCCGCUCUCACGCGCUCCCCUCACUCCCUGCAGGCCAGGCUGGUGCGCCAGCCCAACAUCCAGGUCCCCGAGAUCCUGGUGACCGAGGAGCCCGACCGGCCCGACACGGAGCCGGAGCCGCCGCCCAAGGAGCCCGAGAGGCCCGAGGAGUUCCAGUGGCCGCAGCGCAGCCAGACGCUGGCCCAGCUCCCUGCCGAGAAGCUGCCGCCCAAGAAGAAGAGGCUGCGCCUGGCCGAGAUGGCCCAGUCUUCGGGCGAGUCCAGCUUCGAGUCCACGGCGCCCCUGUCCCGCAGCCCCAGCCAGGAGAGCAGUGUGUCCCUGAGCGGGUCCAGCCGCUCGGCCUCCUUCGACAGGGACGACCACGGAAAGGCCGAGGCCCCCGGUCCCGUGGCUGACACUCGCCCCAGGCCCUUGGGCACCCACAGGCUGACCGUCCCCAGCCACCAUGCCCACAGCCACGCCAGAGAGAUGCGGAGGUCGGCCUCGGAGCAGAGCCCCAACGUCGCCCCCUCUGCCCACAUGGCCGAGAUGCGCAGCAAGUCUUUCGACUAUGGCAGCCUGUCCUCCGCUGGCCUCCCCGGGCCUGGCCCUCCAGCCGCCCCCGCCGCUGCCGCCCCACCGGCUGCUGCCGCAGAGAGAAGGAAAUGCUUUUUGGUGAGACAGGCGUCCCUGAGCCGGCCUCCAGACGCAGAGCUGGAGGCCACACCCGCAGGCAGGCAGGAGGGUGAGGAGGCCAAGCCCUCACCCAGUAACCCUGCCGCCCAGAGUUCCUCCGGGCCUGCCCCUCUCGGGAGGGCCCUGGAAGGCCAGGGCCACGCUCCAGACAGACCUGCUCUCGGCUCCACCCCGCCCUACACAGAAGACGCGUUCCACCACCCCCUCACUCAGCUCCCCCUGCACGAGAAGCCCUACCUGCCUCCUCCGCUCCCAGUCUUCUCCUUCCAGCACCUCUUACACCCGGAGCCGGGAGAGGCUUCAGAGUUCUUCUCCACCCAGACCAUGUCCAGCCUCCUCUCCCCGCCCUAUUCCAUGCCCCCACUUCCGCCCUCCUUGUUUCAGGCCCCGCCCCUUCCACUCCAACCCACUGUCCUGCACCCAGGACACCUCCACCUGCCCCAGCUCCUGCCUCAUCCCGCCAGCAUCCCCUUCCGGCAGCCCCCUUCCUAUCUCCCCAUGCCCUACCCUGCCUCCACACCACUCUCAUCUGGGUUUUUCCUGCCUCUGCAAUCCCAGUUUGCCCUCCCUCUCCCUGGCGAGGUGGAAAGUCACCUUCCCCAGGGCAAAAGCAGCCUGGCCCCCCUAGAAACAGGGAUGGCUGGUCCCUCCCCCAGCACGGAAUUCAGGGGUGACGUUCCACUGCCCCCUGUAACCCCCCCAGUCAGCUCCUCAGCACCCACAUCGGCCCCUCCGCCGGCCCUGCCCACCUGUCCAGACACCAUGGUGUCCCUGGUGGUGCCCGUCCGCAUUCAGACCCACAUGCCGUCCUAUGGGAGUGCCAUGUACACUACUCUCUCCCAGAUUCUGGUCACCCAGUCUCAGGGCAGCUCAGUCACGGCUGCUCUCCCCAAGUUUGAGGAGCCCGUUCACAAAGGGACGACUGUGGGUGGGGCAGAGGUGUACCAGGUCGGCCCCGGGCCUGCCAGGGUCCCCGAAGAGCAGAGCGGACGUUUCCCGACUCCCUACCUGAGAGUGCCCGUGACUUUACCUGAGCGGAAAGGCACGCCGCAGUCCUCAGAGGGGGCCCUGAGCCUGGAGGGCAGUUCAUCCUCCGUGGGGGGGAGCAAGCGCGUGCUUUCACCCGCUGGCAGCCUUGAGCUUACCAUGGAAACCCAGCAGCAAAAGAGGGUGAAGGAAGAGGAGGCUUCCCAGGCUGACGAAAAACUGGAGCUGGUAAAGCCCUGCAGUGUGGUGCUGACCAGCCCUGCAGACGCCAAGAGGCCAGAGAAAUACCACCUGGGAAGCCAAGAUCCAGGCAAGAGAGAGGUAGAAAAGCUAUCUGGGCUGUCUUCAGAGUCAUCCGACCCAAAGGAAGUCCCUUCCCUUCCCCGCCCACCGUUGCCCCCCAGGGCAGCCCCAGACUCAGAGGCUUUGAAGGACUAUGCCCAGCCAUCUGGUCAACCUCAGCAAAGAGGGCUAUCUCCUCUGAGUGUAAAGAAAGAAGAUUCCAAGGAACAGCCUGACCCCCCUCCACAGGCACCUCCCGGCUCGCUGCCUCUGCCAGAAACAUCCUCCAGGCCAGCCAAGUCACAGGAAGGUACGGACGCCAAGAAGGUACUGCAGUUCCCCAGCCUCCACACGACCACUCAUGUCAGUUGGUGCUAUUUAAACUACAUUAAGCCAAAUCACAUCCAGCAUGCAGAUAGGAGGUCCUCUGUUUACGCUGGUUGGUGCAUAAGUUUGUACAACCCCAACCUUCCGGGGGUUUCCACUAAAGCUGCUUUGUCCCUCCUGAGGUCUAAGCAGAAGGUGAGCAAAGAGACAUACACCAUGGCCACAGCUCCGCAUCCUGAGACGGACAGGCUUGUGCCAUCCAGCUCCCGCAAGCCCCGCAUGACAGAGGUUCACCUCCCUUCGCUGGUUUCCCCGGAAGGCCAGAAAGAGAUGGCUAGAGCGGAAAAGGAAGAAGAGACGCGCGGGAAGCCGGAGGAAGACGCUCCUGCCUCCCAGAGAGGGGAGCCGGCGAGGAUCAAAAUCUUCGAAGGAGGGUACAAAUCAAACGAAGAGUAUGUGUAUGUGCGAGGCCGCGGCCGAGGGAAAUAUGUGUGUGAGGAGUGUGGAAUUCGCUGCAAGAAGCCCAGCAUGCUGAAGAAACACAUCCGCACCCACACUGACGUCCGGCCCUAUGUGUGCAAGCACUGUCACUUUGCUUUUAAAACCAAAGGGAAUCUGACUAAGCACAUGAAGUCGAAGGCCCACAGCAAAAAGUGCCAAGAGACGGGGGUGCUGGAGGAGCUGGAAGCCGAAGAAGGAACCAGUGACGACCCGUUCCAGGACUCUGAAGGGCGAGAGGGCUGGGAGGCGGCCACGGAACACCAGUUUUCAGACCUGGAGGACACGGACUCGGGGUCAGACCUGGAUGAGGAGGAGGAGGAGGAGGAAGAGGAGGAGGAGGAGAGCCAGGACGAGCCGUCGGGCCUGCUGGAAGCAGAUUCCCCGCCAGGGCAGGGCCCCGGGCCCAGGGACGUCCGCUCUGGCAGCCAGGCCUCACGGGCCAGCCCGCUCUCGGAGGGCCCAACAGCUGGCGGUGGUUCUGCGUCCAGCCCAGGCAGCCAGUGCGUCCCCCACCUGACACCGACCCCUGCGGGCCCCGUGGAGAAGGACAAGGGCUCGGCCCCCAGCAGCACGGCCGAGUCCCCGAGAAGACCAUGGUCCCCAAGCGAAGCACCGGCCAGCCACACACCGCUUGCCCGCCCACACGCCCCCUCCCCGAGUGACUCCUGCUCCCAGCCACGCGCACCCGCCCGGAGCCCACCCACCUCCACCCCGGCCCCCCGUGGGUCUCCCAGACUCGAGCUGUCUCCGCUCAGGGCCCAGCCCCCGGAGAGAGACCCGGCCCCCCUAGCGCUCCUGCCCCCCGAACUCCAGGGCCACACGGGCCCGGCCUCCCCCCGACGGUCACCCCCCGGGAGUUGGUUUCCGGGCCGGGCCGAGACUCUGCCACGGUCAGCGCUGCCGGGGACGUGGCCCUCGGCGGGGCCGGGCAGCCCUUCGGCGGCAGAGCACGGCCCGGGCCUGGGGCCAGCCCCACGGGCCCUGUCCCGGCCCUCGCCUCUACCUCACACGCUCCUCGGCAGAAGCCCCGGGACCUGCGCCGCCGCCGCGCAGAAGCCCGAGUCCCGAAGUCCAUCCUGCCUGCCUGGCCCCGCCCAGCCUCUCUCCUCGCGCCCCUGCGCCCCCCGCGGCCCCCCGGCCGGGACGGAGAACAUCUUCAGCCACCUCCCUCUGCACUCCCAGCGCCCGGCCCGCGCCCCCUGCACCCUGAUCCCCAUCGGGGGCAUCCAGAUGGUGCAGGCCCGGCCGGGGCCCACAGUGGCCUGGGUCAGCGGCUUCUCGGGGGGCGGCAGCGACCUGACAGGGGCCCGGGAGGCCCAGGAGCGAGGCCGCUGGAGCCCCUCCGAGAGCUCGCCGGCCUCGGUGUCCCCCAUGGCCAAGGUGUGCAAGUUCGCACUCUCCUCGGAGCUGGAGGGGGGGGACGAGCCCGGGGAGAGCGAGCGGGCGAGCAGGGGGCUGGGCCGGCCCCUGGACUGGGAGCCCCGGGCGGCUGAGGUGCCCACGGAGCCCUCGCACAGCUCCUGCACCCUGCCCCGGCCCGCCCUGGGCCACUGGCCAGAGUCGUCCUGGCGGCCCCGUGUGGGCUCCCUGCACCAGCCGGCCCAUCCCGUGGCCUCGGCCGCCCCUGCGCUGGACCGUAGCAGCUCCCUGGGGUGCCUGGCCGAGGCGGCGGCUCGCACCCCCACCCGGAGGAGGAGGAACCUCUCUGGGGAAGCCAGGACCGGUCAGGACUCCCCGGAGCCCUCAGGAAGUGGGGCGCCCGGGCGGCCUCCACGCCAGCCGGAGGGCGAGGGCCCCCCCGGCACCUAGCCGCGCUCGCCCGCCUCGACAUCCAGCUUCCAGCAUCCAGCAACAGACGUUUCAGGCCGCCUCCCCCGGAUCCUCCUGCUCCCGCGGCUCCCGCGGGUGUCUGUCCACCGUCCAUCUGUCCAUCUGUCUGCUCGUCCAAGCAGCUUCUGUGCCGCCGCCGCCGUCAGCUCGCCCCACGUACGCAGUUCCCUGUGCCUUUUCUACACCUUGUGUUGCUUGGAAACACACACACACACACACACACACACACACACACACACACACACACAUACACACACACAUGCACAAGUUAGAGGCUGUGAAUAUUUUGUGCUUUCUUUGAGAAAGGAUGCGCUGGGGGUGGUCCCCUCACCCUUGACCACCAGAGUGGUCAGCACCACCCCCUCGGCCACGCCCCCCCCCAGCCAGGCUGGCGAAAGGCGACCCAUUGCUGAGGAAACUGAGGGAGAGAAGAGCCCACACACAACUUUGGAAGAUACAUUAUUAAAUGCACAAGCAAGCACUUCGCUGUAUAGAUCUCCACGGUUCCUACUUAUUGCUGCUGUGCCCCACCCACCCCCCGAGGGCCUCCCCGCUCCAUCAGCAGAAGGGCCAGGAGUCCUGGGAAGAGGGCCACAGAGAGGCAGGGGACCCCACGCAGCCACCGUAGGCUGGCCCCGGGAAACCCAACCUUCUUCUCCUAGGAUGUUUCCUAGGAAGGAGCAAAUCAGGCAGGACCUUACCCCCUACUCCCCCCCCAGCACCCAGACAUUCAGGGGGUCUGAGUCAGGGGCUCAUCCUGCUUUCUGGUGACACCCCCACUACUGCCCCAGACCCUGCCCUCUGAUCCCCCUCACCCCCACCCCUGGGCGGCGAAACUUCCCCUCCCCCAGGCCUGGUCACACGCUCCCUCCCUGUGCUACAGACUGUCCCCCAGGGGGGCCCACCUUCACCUGCCAAGGCUCCCUGGUGCCUGGACCCCAGGGGUCAAAGGACUGUAUGUGCCUCUGUGGUGGGGCUUUCCAGAACCAUUCCCCAACACGCACACUCUCCCCGGGAAAUGCCCAAAUGUGUGGGUGCGUGGCCCAAGCCUGUCCGCUCACUCGGGCUGGAAUCUUUACAACUCAGAAGCUUAAACUAGAGCGCGAGGAAGAGAGAGGGUGGGGGGGUCUGUUCCUCUGCUGGCCUUGGCAGGCCUGUCCGCUGGGAACCGCCCCGGUUUCCUUGGGUCUCUUGACCCCUCCUCCAGAGCAGCCCGUCCUAGGCAAGCCCCUUUGCCAGCCCUUUACGGCCUUCAAGAAAGUCUUGGCAGUACCCGGGGCUGACACCUGCUUUGUAUCGUUAAAACACCCCGAUUAGGAUGCAAAGCCUCGAGGUGUGCAAGGGAGCUUGAGCUCUGGCUCCUUCCUCCUGCCCGGGAGACAGGCCUGUCCUCAGCCUUCCAGAAACCGUUGUUGUCCCCGGGGUGAGGGCACAGGGGCCACGGCCUGCCCCGGUGCAGCCUUCCGGGGCAGGGGCUGCCCUGCCCGCUACCAUUCGCUGGGCCAGAAGUUCCGCGCUCCUGUGAGGUUCAGAGCUGGAUGCUCCAGCCACGUGAGCACUGCCCAGGCCCCGGCCCAGACGUCUGUCCUACCCGCUCCCUGGGGCAGCCAACACCGGGCCACCUCGCUCAGCUCCUCGUGGCCUCUCCCAGAGCGAAGGCUGAUGGGGCCUGGUGAGGAGUGCCUCCCAGCGGGGGGCCCGGGAGAGGGGUGAGCUCUCCAGCAAUGCCACCAGCUGCCUGACCCCGCAUCUGGGGGCGCUGGCCCACCCUGGCAACGGCCAGCAAGCCCCCCUGAGCACAUUGGAACCGUUCGGUCUGGCGGGGAGUGGGAGGAACUGGCUCUCCCACACUCUGAGCUCUCGGCGACCCCCUUCCCGCCCCCCGACCAGGCACGGCCUCUGAGCCCUGUGCCCGGGUGCUUUGGCCGCUUGGCAGCCUCCCGGGCUCAGUCCUCAGCCCAGACCUGCAAAGCAGCAGGCAGAGGGGCUGUGCGGCCGGCCCUGGCCCCGGGAGGGAGCACCCCUCCAACUGCCCUCGUCCCCGUUUCCCUCCCGGGAAGCCUCCUCAUGGAUGGAGGGGCCAGCAGGGGAGACCCCCCACCCCCCACCGUCACUCAGGCCCGCCUGGGGUUCACUUGUCACCGUCACUCAUCUUCGAGGACAGAGAGAUGCCCAAAAGCAUCCGGCUGGAGGGCUGCAGCUCCGCACAGGUGCCCAGAGGGCUGGACGCCGUGCCACCAGCUGCCCCCUCGCAGCCCUGCCACCCAUGUGCCUGGGCACAGCUCUGACCCUCUGCCAGUCUCCGUGUCCCGCCCUACGUAUCCCGUACCCUGCUCAGAGAGGAGCUUAGCCCGGUCCCUCUGCAGGGUCCCCCGCUCCCCAACCCUUGAGUAUCCAGCCUGGCUGUGAUGAUGCUGUGAUCCCCAGGGAUCAUGGGGAGAAAGCAGCACACAUCACUCCCCCCACCCCGCCCCCUCCGCCCCCCACCACAACGCUCCUUGUCCAGCCCCAGCUGUGGUUCUGCCCCCGCCGCAGGAGUGGACCGUGUGGAAGCACCUCACCAGGGGAAGGCAGAGCCACCUCCCACCUAGCCCCGCCGCCGGCAACCUCGGGCACCCACGCUCUCCCGUGGGCCUCUGGGACACCUUUCCCCAGGUUGGCGCACAGUGCCCCCUUGCCCAGCUUGAGACUGGUUGCCCCAUGCCGCCCACCUCCCUGAGUCCCACCAGAAGACCCUUGGCAUCCCUCUGUGGGAAAAUGUCAGUUAGCUUCCAGAACCUUCUGACCUGCUCCAUUCCCGCCGGGCCCCUUCUAUAUACCAGCUAUAUAUAUAUAUAUAUAUAUAUAUAUAUAUAUAUAUAUAUAUAUAUAUGUCUGUCCUUUCUCCAGACAAAUCCUCUCCAAGCAGCUGUCCCGCCUGGCUAGUCACUUGGGGAGACAGAUCUGCACUCCUGAGGGGGGAAGAAAGUUCCAGAAGGCCGGUUCCACAAAUUCUGCUUCUGUGUCGUGAAUCCAGUCCACUUUUCAUUAGAAAACUGCUUUUGGCACUUAGGAUCACUUUACUAAAUCUAGUGUUACAAAAGGAAGAGAAAGGAAACAGGACAAAGGAGCGUGUAGGCAGAUGUGAGAUGACACGCUCUCUGUAAGAUAAAUAUUUGCCUUUUUUUUCUAAAGGGUGUACGUAUUCUGUAUGUGAAAUUGUCUGUAGAGAGUUUAUAUGUUCUUAAUGGCAAUACAUUCCAAAAAUCGUACUGUAGAUAUGUACAGUGACCACGCUGGGAUGGGGUAGUUUUGCCUGUAAUUUUAUUUAAACUCCAGUUUCUACACUUGCAUCUUGCAAUGUUGGUAUGGUAUAUAUCAGUGCAAAAGAAAAAAAAAUGGAAAAAAAAAUCCAUGCAGGUCUAAAGCACAGAGUCUGACAUACAAAAGGAGAAAAUUGCUCAGUAUCGACGUGUGUGACCUUCGUUGUAAAUUACAUCUGUACUGUGAAUGAGAUGUUUUUAUGAGUAUAAUAAUGGCCUUUAUUACAGCUCUGGCUGUGUCCAGCCCGAGGAUAUUUUUUAAAAAAACAAAACAAAACAAAACAGCAUGUUGGAAUAAAUUUGAAAAUCCCAACAUAGC